AAUAAUUUUCUUGUCUCGUCCUUUGCCAUCUCUCUCUCUCUCUCUCUCUCAUUCUCUCAUCUUGUGAUUUUCUGGUUUUUUUGAAUUUGAAUCAGAAAUGCAUGAGCUCUGUGAUCUGAAAAUCAAUGUUAAUGGGCAACACACUUUCUUUCUAAACGAGAGAAUUAUCUCGAUAUUCUCAGGAAGAUUGAAGAAGAUAGUAAAGCAAGAAAAGAGAAAAACCCAGAUCAGAAGCUCAGCAAUUGAAGUUAUUGAUUUCCCUGGAGGCCCAGAUGGGUUUGAGCUGAUUUCAAGGUUCUGCUACAACAAUGGCAGAAUCCUAGUAACCCCAUCAAAUGUUUCUCUCCUCCAUUGCUCUGCCAUAUUCCUUGAAAUGACAGAAAAGGUCUCAAGCUUCAAUCUUCUGCAACAGACGGAAAACUUUCUUGAAGGGAUAUUCGACUGGUCGUGGAAUGACACAUUGGUCUCUCUAAAGAGCUGUGAGUCGUUCUUCUUAUCUGCAGAUUCGUCCGGUCUUCUUCAAAAGCUCAUCUCUUCACUUCUAGCAAAGAUUGCUCAAAAUUCAGAUACAAUCCCCAAUGCUUUGUCAUCCUCUUCUUCAUCAUCCCCUGAAACAACCUCUGGGUUUAGAUUAUCUUCAUCCACUAAGACCGCACCAGAAACAGUGAAACCAUGUUCUUCUUCAACUUCAAGCAAGGCCUGGUGGUUUGAUGAUUUGACCAUUUUACCCCCCAAGAUCAUUGAAAAGGUCAUCAAGACAAUGGGCGCUUAUGGAACGGAUAACAACAGCUUAAUCCUCACCAAGUUCCUACUCCACUACCUCAAUACCGCUGUCCAAAGGAAAGGUGGAAUUGGGUCCAAGUUUGAAUAUGGUGCACUUGCAGACACAGCUGUUUAUGGGGUGAUUUUGAUGGGCAAAACCGCUUUCUCUUGCAGAGGGCUGUUUUGGGUAUUGAGAGUGGUUUCUGGUUUGGGUCUGAGCAGAGAAUACAGAGUUCGGUUGGAGAGAUUGAUUGGUGGAAUGCUUGACCAGGCAACGUUGGAUGAUUUACUCAUCUCUGGUCAUGAAGGUGGUGGUGUUUAUGAUGUGAAUCUAGUCUUGAGAUUGGUUAGGGUGUUUGUUAAUGAUGAUGGGCUGACAGUGCAGAAGAUGAAAAAAGUUGUGAGGUUGAUUGAUAAAUACAUGAGAGAGAUUUCUCCUGAUCAGAACCUCAAAAUCUCUAAGUUUCUUGCAGUUGCAGAGAGCUUACCUGACUCAGCUAGAGACUGCUUUAAUGGAGUCUACAGAGCUAUUGACAUCUAUCUCGAGUCACAUCCUACACUCUCUUUCGAGGAAAGAUCAAGGCUGUGUAGAUGUCUCAAGUACGAGAAGCUCACACUGGAAGCCUGUAAAGACCUCGCCAAGAACCCUCGAAUUCCUCCAAGGAUUGCCGUCCAAGCUCUCGCCUCUCAACAAUCCAAGCUACUGAGCAAUGAUCCUGCUGUUCCUGAGAGCCCUAGCCCAAGUGAAACACAGUUGGUUUCUUACAAUGAACCCGAUGCUGAAAAGUUUCUGGGGCUCUCAGAAGACAAGCAAGAGACGAGAAUGAACUUACAGAGGAUGCAAUUCAGAGUGGUUGAGUUGGAAAAGGUCUGCAGACAGAUGAGAGGCCAGGUGACAAAGUUGGUGAAGGAUAAAGGCAUGACCACCCCUGCACACAAUAGAGCCUUACCAAGGCUAUGUUAACUGUUAAAUCUCCUUCUCACAUGAAAUCUCAAAUGUGCCAUAUUGAAGACUUUGAGCCAGUAUUCCCCACUGAGGCACUGAAUCCCUCAGGCCCUCAGCCUUUGAGGGAAGCUCACUGCUCACCGUACUCUGGACCUGAUAGAGAGGUAUUUGGAAUUUACUAAAAUGACCUGAUAGAGAGGUGUUGAAGACGAAGAGGACUGGACUGAACAUUGAACAACUCCCACUGACUUGAUCAGUGCUAGCUGGCAGCCUCCCCACUUGAGAACUUGAGAUCCUCUCAGUGUCUCAUGGGAGAUCAGUAGGGCAAGAAGAGAGAGAGAGAGUCAGUCCAAUCAUGAGAGCAUUUAAAACUUUGGUGAAGAGCAAAUUUUACAGAAGCCAGAUGGGGACCCACCUCUAAUGCUUUCACCAAAAUUAUCUGGGUGGAUUUAUGUUCAGCCAUCUCUAAUCAAAUUGAAUUUUGUAUUGAUUGUUUUCAUCAGAUUUAUUAACUGAAG